AUGAACGAAAUAGAAAAAGAUGGUAAUGAAGAUUCAUCAAUAAAAAAUGAAGACUCAGAUAUCAAUAACAAUAACAAUAGCAGCAACGAUAGUAUUACCGAUUCAUUAAAUAAUUCAGUUUUAGGUAAAGGUUCAUUGGAAUCACAUGGUGAUACAACUUGCGACAGUAAUGAAGGAACUCCAAUAAAAAGAUCGAAAAUAGAACCACCCAAACAUGCUAUUUUAUCAUCACCGCAAAUGGUUACGGCAUCUAGAUCGUCACUAUCUUCUUCAAAAUCAAAUAUACCACAAAAACCAAAUCUUAGCAUCAAACAACCACCGUCAAAUACUACAACCACACCAAUUAAAGAAAGGAGAGAAACUACAAAACUAAAAACACCAAAAAAAGAAGAUAAAAAAUUAACCAAAUCUAAAUCAAUCGAUGAUUUUGAAAAAGAUGAUUCAGAAUAUUAUUUAAAUAAUAGUUAUAAUAAUAAUAAUAAUGAUGAUGAGGAUGAAGAAGAUGAUGAAAAAUAUUCAAAAGAAAGAAAGAAGGAAAGAGAAAGAAAAGAAAAAGAGCUUGAAAGAGAAAAGAAGAGAAGAGAAAAAGAACUGGAAAAAGAAAGAGAAAGAGAAAGACAAAAAGAAAAAGAGAUUCUAAGGCAAGAAAAAAGAGAGAAAAAAGAAAGAGAGAGAAGUGAAAAAGAAAGAGAAAGGGAAAAUAGAGAAAGAGAAAGAGAAGCAGCAGCAAAUGGAGUUGUUUAUAAUAGUGGUAUUUCAAUAAAUAACAUCAGUUUAUCGACCUCAACUAAUGAAGCACCAAUACCUCCAUUACCAAUUACACCAAAAAGAAAAGGAGCACCCAAAAAAGAUCCAUUAGAGAAAAAAACACCAAUAAUCAAAAAAGAAAAAAUCAAUCCAAAAAAAGAAGAUUUCGAACAAUUUUUAUCAAAGAACCCAAGCAGCACAUUUUUAAAUGAAUACGAAUCACAGGUCGAUGCAGAGAUUAGGAAGAAUAAAACUUUAUUGGGAACAGGUGAAAAAGAAAAUACAGAGUUUGAACAAAUGCAACUAUUACAAAAUCAAGUUUUUUCAAAUGAUUUAAUUUAUAGAUACUUGCAGAUGAAUGGUCAAGCAAUAGGCCCAGAUACUCCACAAUUUCAAUCUCCAAGUUUAUUUGGUCAGUCAGCAAGCGGAUCCAAUGGUUUCAGUUUGAAUAGUAGUACAGGAGGUAUUUCAGGUUUAGCUGAAGAUUCAUCCAGUUUAAAUUUAAAGAAACCAAGAAUUUUGAAGAGCGAUCAUCCAAAGAAUAAAUUAUUCAAAACUUCAAAGAAAUUAGAAAAGCUUCACAAUCGUUAUAUUAGAUACCAUCAACCUGAACCCUCACUUCGUGGCGCUUGGACAAUUCAUGAUGAUUAUGUUUUGAUCGAAAGCCUUCAAUUUGCCCACUCAUUUGAAGAUAUUGCAAAAUGUAAAGAAUUUUCAAAAUCAUAUACAGCAGAAGAAAUUGAAAAAAGAUGGAAAGCAAUGCUUUUGGAUCAAGAUACAGCAGAUGAAGUCUCAGGUAUGAUGGCAUUAAAUCCAUAUAAAGCAAAAUCGCCACAGAUGACCACAGAAGAAAAUCAAGUUUUAAUAAAUGCACCUGUUAAUCUCAGUAGAGCAAACUUUAUUAAAUUAUUACAAGAUAAUAGAACAGUUUUUCAUCAUAGUAGAACAUCAAAAUAUCUUCAAUCAAAUUAUAGAUCAAUGCUAUUACAUCAAGAUGUUACAAAAGUACCAAAUUAUAUAAAAUAUUUAAUUGACCAAAAGAGAAAAUUAAACACUAAAAAAAGAGAUAUGAAAAAUAUGGUAUCAAUUGAAAAAGAAUAUGAAAUGGAUAGAGAUAAAGAUUUUAGGGCACUUGCUGUUAUAAGAGGUAAAAAUAUUAGAUACUUAAUGAAAUCAAAGAAUAUUAUUGUUGGUAGAGAUUUUUCAAGUAAAAACCAAAUUGAUCUUGACUUGAAUGAAGAAAAUCCAAACCAUAUUAAUAGAAUCUCGAAAAAACAAUUAAUUAUUAAAUUAAAAUCAGAUGCAAAUUUUUAUAUUCAAAAUAUAGGUAAAAAUACAGUAUUUGUAAACUCAUGUCCUUUACCACCAUUUGAAAAGAUUCAUUUACAAGAUUUGUCCCUAAUCGAGUUUGCCGAUAUGUUGUUAGUAUUUGAAAUUAAUAAUACAUUUUUAACAAAGAUUAAGAGACUUUUAUUAAAACCAUCAAAUCAAGCAACUUCGACAACUGCAUCACUUACAAAUACACCAUUUUUAUAUGGCGGUUUAGGUCCAACCCCUUCAUCUUCUAAUUUAGCCUCCUCAUCUUUAAUCUCUUCUGAAACUCUUCAUGACGAUUUUAAUCUUCAAUCACCAAAUAUACAGGCAAACACUUUAAAUUUAUCACAUAGUUCAAUUUCUGCAGCAACAACCACAACAACCACUACAACCACAACAACCACAACAGAUACUUAA